GUGAGCAUUAUAUUUGCUCGGCUUAGCACCGGGGACGUAGCAGCUCAAGUUAGAGUGCCAUGGAGGACCCCAAAGAACUAUUUCAUUUUGUGGGCAAGAAAGAAGACCUAAUCAAAGCAAAGCGCACAUUCAAAACACUGGAUGGUCGGGAUGUGUUGAUCGUCUACCACCAGGAAUGCUUCUAUGCUUUGGACUAUUACUGCUAUCAUGCCGCUGGAAAGCUUGAGAAUGGAGACAUUGAGGAAAUAGGUGGCCAUUUGUGCAUAAUUUGCCCCAAUCACAAGUACAAGAUUUCCCUUGCCAAAGGGGAGGGCAUAUGCAAGGGUGUUGACAGGACCAAAGUGCCGCCUAUGCCCGUUACGUUCUCAAAAGGGGUGAAGCAGCGGGUCCACACAGUGAAAGAGAUCAACGGGGAUGUCUAUGUGGAGCUUUCUAAAGUGCCCGGAUGGAUCGAGUCAGACUACUUCCAGGGAGAAGAGGGCAAAGAGAACAGGGCCAAAGCUGAAGCCAAGGCGUCGCCCAACAAGGGGAAAGAUUCUUCCUAAUGGAUGAAUUUACAUUACAUUAGCAUCCUCAUACAUGCUCUGACGUUCUCUAGAUGGUUUCGUGUUUAUAUGAAGAUUAUAUAAAAUAGUGUUUUUGAUCUUUGUAUUAAUGGUCUACAAGAGGUCUUCUAGCGCAUGCAAUUUUAAUUUACGUGACAUUUCUUACAGUAUUGUGCCGAAGUACAUGCACCACAAGCAUUGACUCUUUUGGACAUCACACACUUUGACUUUUAAAACAAUAUAUUCUAUUAUUAAAAAAAUACAUUUACGGAUACCAGAAUGUUUUAUGUUUUACCAGUUAUGAUACUUUGGUAUUGUUCCUACGUUACAGCAAUCAGAAUCAUCAAUGGCUCUUUAUGUCUGUUCGUCACCAUCAAUAAACCACAGGGUAAAGU